AUGGUUGAUGACGAGGAAUUAAAGAAGAUUCGCUUUAAGUUAAGCAAAAAAUGGGGAAGAAUAAAAUAUUUUUUUUCAUGUUUGAUAUACAAAUUAUUUAGCUAUUUUUAUAAUAAGAAGAAUAAGAAGAAAGAUAGAUAUAUAAAUAUACAUGGAAGAACUUACCCAAAUUUCUUUUGUGAUAAUAAAUUAAGAAGCACCAAAUAUAGUAUUUUAACAUUUAUCCCAUUGUUUUUAUUUUAUCAAUUUGCCGAUUUUUUAAAUUUAUUUUAUUUAUGUGUAUCUUUGUUACAAGUUAUUCCUAUAUUUAAUACAGGGUAUGUUUUUACAUUUGUUGCUCCUUUGAUUUUUAUUAUACUUAUUAGUUUGAUAAAUGAAGUAGUAGAUGAUUUGAAACGAUUUAUAAAAGAUUUGGAUAUUAAUAAUGAAAUAUAUUAUACUUUGUUACAAAAUGGAAAUUUUAAAAAAACAUACUCUAAAGAUAUUCAAGUUGGAGACAUUAUAUUAAUCAAAUCAAAACAACGUGUACCAGCAGAUUGUAUUUUGUUACGAAAUUUAAGUAAGGAUGAAGAAAAUGCAAUUAAAAUAGAAGAGAAUAAAUCAUUUGUAACUUUUCGGAUAAAUAAAAAUACUAAUGUUUAUAAUAAAAAAAAAAAAAAAAAUUAUUAUCAUUUUAAUCAAAAGUUUGAUAAUGCAUUGAUAGAUGAUAAAUAUAAUGAGUCAAACAAUAAUUAUAGUGAAGCUAGCAAUAAUUUGUUAUUCAGUGAAAAUGAAAAAUCUCCAAAUAGAAUGAAAGAAGGGAAUAACUAUUUAUUAAAAGAUAAUGUUGAAGACAGUAACAAAAUUGGUGGAAAAAAUGAUGAUAAUGAAAAAAAAAAACUAAAAAAAAAGAAAAAAAAAAAAUUAAGAAAAAAUGAUAAUAAACUUGUAUUCAAUAAUAAUUCUUCAAAUGAAACAGAAAAUUAUACUUAUGUUAAAACUGAUAAAAUCGAUGGAGAAACUGAUUGGAAAAUUAAAUAUCCUAUAAGUAUAUUUCAAAACCUAAAAAGAUUAAAAGAUUUCUUUUCAAUAGACAUUUUAUUUAUAUUAGAACAUCCAAAAAAUGAUAUAUAUAAAAUUGAAGCUUCGUUUGUUAUGUUUAAAUAUAAUCAAUAUGGUGAGUUUAAAACUGUUGAAAAUAAUAACAUGGGAAAUAAUAUUAAUGAUUUAAGUACAUCUAAAUUAAAUUCCAUUUCUGUUAUUCCAAACUUAUUAAAUGAAAAUACUAAAUAUAGAUCUAACUCAUUUUAUGCUUUAAAAGAUACUGAAAUACAUCCAAAUGAUGUAAAUAAACAAAUUGAAAAAUAUGACGAAGAUGAUGAAGAAGAUGAUGAAGAUGAGGAAGAGGAUGAAGAAGAUGAUGAAGAAGAAGAAGAAAAUGUUGACGAUGAAAAACAUAAUUUAUUAAUGAAAAAAGAAGGUGUACAAAAUUCAUCAUUUAGAGAUUUAGGAAAUGGAAAUAGAAACAAUUUUAAUGAUCGUAAUAUGAUAAAUUUUGUUGAAAGCGAACAAUAUGAAGGAAAUAAUAUUGGAACAAGAAAUGGAAAAGUAGAAAAUCAAUUAAUAUUACCAGGAAAAUUUGGAGAAAAUCAACCUGUAUGUAAUGUAUUUCCAAAUGAAGAUAAUUAUAAUUAUUAUAAUAUAAGUUAUAGAAAGAAAUUAAAUUAUGAUAAUUUUAUUUUAUCAAAUUCAGUUAUUACUAGUUCAGAUGUUAUAUGUAUGGUUAUUUAUACAGGUCGUGAUACAAGAGUAAAUAUGAGCACACAAAUAAGUAAAGUCAAAAGAGGAAUGAUUGAUAAAAAAUUGAAUUUAAUAACAGUCUUUUUAUUUAUUAUAUUAGCAUUAUUCUCUAUGUAUAUGUGUUCUACAAAAUUAAGCAAUUUAUGGUAUUUAAAUUUUGUUCGUUUUAUUUUGUUAUUUUCAUCUGUUAUUCCGAUAUCAUUAAGUGUUAAUUUAAAUAUUGCCAAAAUUUAUUACACUCUGGUUAUUCAAAAAGAUAAAGAAAUCCAAACAACAAUUAUAAAAAAUAGUGCAAUUAUAGAAAAUUUUGGAAAUGUCGAUUAUAUAUUUACUGACAAAACAGGCACAUUAACUGAAAAUGUUAUGGUAUUAAAAGUUAUUCAUAUAGGUUUAGAUGUUAUACAUACUGAAAAUGAAAAAAGUGGAUUACAAAAUAAUAUGAGAAAUAAAGUAAAAAGAAAAUUUAAUAAAAAUGUUUUACCAUAUAAUUUUGAAGAUAUUAAUGAAGAUGAUGUAGAUGCAAAUCCAAUACAUUUAGUUCCAAAUUAUUCAAUAAAUGAUAGAAAGGAAAAAGGACAAAGUAAUAUAAUUAGAGGAGAUAAAUUAUCUGCAUAUAACUAUGAUAUAGAAAAUAAUCGAAUUAAUAAAAAUUAUAUGCAAUCAUUAAGACAAGUAAAUACUAAAGCUAAUGUAAUGAAUCAAAUUAAUAUGAAUGGAAAUGAAUAUCUUGAUUUUGAUAGUUACAAUGAAACAAUUGAAUCUUCACAUAUGAUCAAAAAUAAUGGAAUUCGAAUAGAAAAAAACAAUGCUGAAGAUAAUGAUAAUAUGGUUUUUGGUCAAUCAAAAUUAGGACUAAAUAAUAAUAAUAUAAUGACAUCUGAUAAAAGAAAUGAUUUAAUGAAAAGAUUCAAUAAUGUAGGAAAUAACAAUGAUACUAAUAAUAAUGGAUCAGAUAAUCAUAACAUAAAUGGAAAUAAUUCUGAACAAAGAAAAAAAAAAGUUGAACUAAUGGUUGAUGAUUAUUUAAUGAAUAAAACAGAUCUUUUAGAUUAUUAUAAUGAUAAUAUUGAUGAUAUUGAAUUUUUAAAAAAACAUAAAGUUUUUCAAACUUUUUUAUCAUUUCUUAUUUGUAAUAAUAUUAGAACAUUAACUAAAGAACACAAUAACAAUGAUAAAGAAAAAGGAAAAAAAAAAAAAGAGCAUAAAGAAAAAGAUUUUCAAAAAAAAAUUUAUUAUAUAUUAAAUGUUAAUAGAAAGAAAAAAAAUAACAAUAGAUUAAACCAAAAUGAUAAAAUGAUUGAAACAAAUACUAAUGAUAAUUUUGAAACAAAUAGUUCAGAAGAUACAGAAACUUUUUCGUAUUCGGGUAUUAGUUAUCAGUGUUCAUCGCCUGAUGAAUUAGCUUUUUUAAAAUAUGCAACAAAUUGUGGAUUUAUUUUAAAAAAAAAAACAGCUAGUAAAAUUGAAAUUAAAUAUAAAAAUAUUGCAUUGGAAUACGAUAUAUUACUGCAUAUACCCUUUUCGUCGGAAACAAAAAGAAUGAGUGUUUUUGUUAGGAAUGUGAAAAAUAAAAACAUUUAUUUUUUUAUUAAGGGUGCUGAUAAUAUAUUAAUAAAAAAAUGUCAUGAAAAAUAUAAAACUUUUAUUUUUGAAGAAAGUGACCAUUUAUCAAGUGUUGGUUUAAGAGUCUUGGUUCAUGGAUUUCUAAACAUUGAAGAACAAUUUUUUCAUAAUUUUUCUGCAUUAUACAAUCAAAAUAAGGAUGUAAAGGGUCAGAUGGAAAAAAUUUUAGAUUUGGUUGAGAAGAAUAUCAAAGUUUUAGCUAUUACAGGUGUUGAAGACAAACUUCAGGAGGGAGUCGGGAAGACAAUUGAAAUGCUAUACAACAGUGGAAUAAAAGUGUGGGUACUUACUGGAGAUAAAAUAGAAACAGCAAUUUGUAUUUGCAAAAAUGCUAAUAUAAAGAAGAAGAAACAUAAUAUUUAUAUUUUCCGUCAUGAAAAUAUUAAAAGCACAUCUCAAUUAAUACGGGAAUUCAACUCAAUUUUGAAUAACAUCGAUUCUUAUGUUUUAUUUUUUGACAAUAUUAUUAUACAAAACUGUAUUAAGUAUAUCCCGAAUGCCUUUGUCGACUUUGUUGCUAAUGCAAGAGCAGUGGUUUGCUGUCGAUGCAGUCCUAUAGAAAAAAAAGAAAUUGCUUUGAUGAUUAAAACAAUUAAAAGAAAGAAAAUUUUAUGCAUAGGAGAUGGAGGAAAUGAUGUUGCUAUGAUUCAAUCAGCAGAUAUUGGUAUUGGUGUUUUAGGAAAAGAAGGAAAACAAGUUGUUCAUGAUAGUGAUAUUAUUGUUUCAAAAUUUAAAAAUAUAAAAAAAUUAAUUCUUUACUAUGGAAACAAUACCUUUUUACAAACAUCCUCAUUAUGUUCCUUUUUAAUCCAUAGAGGAUUUAUAUUAACGUAUUUACAGUUUAUUUACAGUUAUAUAUUUUUCAGUAUACCUGUUGCCAUUUUCCAAGGGUGGUUACAAAUCGGUUAUACGACGUACUACACGACAACACCAUUUUUGUCAUUGUUAUUGGAUGUUAAGAUAAAGAAAAAUUUAAUAUACUUAUAUCCAGAGAUAUACAAAAAUAAGAAACACAAGAGAAAGUUGGAUUUAAAAUCGUUUUUUAUUAUUGUAUGGAUGUCUAUUUUUCAGGGUACUGUUGUUAUGCUAGGAGCAUUAAAACUCUUUAACGAUAAUUAUAACAAUUUGAUAAAUAUAUCAUUUUCUUCUCUAAUUCUUUUGGAAAUCAUGAAUAUACAUUUAGAAGCUGAGUCAUGGCACCCAUUAAUGAUAUCAGCAAACAUUUGCUCUUUUAUUAUGUACAUUUUUUCCAUGUUUAUCCUAAGAAAUUAUUUCGACAUCAUUCAGAUUAUGUCGUUUGUAUUUUGGUAUAAAGUGAUUUUAAUUGUUUUAUUUGCUUGGCUACCUUUUUUUAUAAUUAAAAAAGUUAAAAACAUUAUAACACCAUCACAAUUUUUUAAGCUAGCUUAA